CACUUCACCCAAACCCUAGGGUUGUAAGGUGCUUUCUCUUCACAAGAUGGUUUCGCUGAAACUGCAGAAGCGCCUCGCCGCAAGCGUUCUCAAGUGCGGCAGAGGAAAGGUUUGGCUUGACCCCAAUGAAGUCAACGAAAUCUCCAUGGCCAAUUCUCGCCAAAACAUAAGGAAGCUGGUUAAGGAUGGGUUUAUUAUCAGGAAACCCACCAAGAUUCACUCUCGCUCACGCGCCCGUCGGAUGAAGGAGGCCAAGAGAAAAGGACGUCACUCUGGAUAUGGUAAGCGUAAGGGUACAAGGGAGGCAAGGCUUCCCACUAAAAUCCUUUGGAUGAGGAGAAUGCGUGUGCUCAGACGCUUGCUUCGCAAGUACAGGGAAUCUAAGAAGAUUGACAAGCACAUGUACCAUGACAUGUACAUGAAGGUUAAGGGUAAUGUUUUCAAGAACAAGAGGGUUUUGAUGGAGAGCAUACACAAGUCCAAAGCUGAGAAGGCGAGAGAGAAAACCUUGUCUGAUCAGUUUGAGGCCAAACGUGCCAAGAACAAGGCCAGCAGGGAAAGGAAAAUUGCCCGGAGGGAGGAGCGAUUGGCCCAAGGUCCAGGAGAAAGGUCAUCAGCUGCGCCCAGUGCUCCUGCUGCUACAGCAUCACAGCCUGCCCAAGCACAAAAGAAAUCCAAGAAGUGAGCCACAUAUUCUGAUAUUGGCUCGCAGAAUUUUUGGGGCUGCCGUUCUCAGUUAUUUUUCUAAAGUAGUUUUGACAAGUAUUGUUGAAUUUCUGUGGUGGUUUAGACCUUCUUUAGUUUUUAUUUAAGUAUAUGAAAUCAUAACAUUGUGCUCUUUCUCCAUUGUGUUUUGGCUAUUUUUGUAUGGAUAUCGUUAAUGUUUCGGAUGAUACUUGUGUUAAUUCUUUUAUAGCCAUGAUGUUCUUUGAA